AUGUCCGUGCUAGCUUCGACUGGGGCGGGGAAUACUUCACUGCUUCGUCCAAAACCACUCAAACUGAAGAAAAGUUUUUGCCGACUGAGGAGAAAUUUACAAACUUUGGAACAGUCGUCUGCUAAAUCUCGAAAUCAUCAUCGAGAAUCGUUAGCUGUUUGUGCUGGAAACAGGAAACAUGUUAAUUUGGUACCUCGUAGAAGGCUUUUAUGUGAACAAGUAAAUAAUUUUCAUCGUGCGGUGUCACCAUCGCUGUCUAAAUCCACAGACGUCAACUAUCAACUCAGUCGACCAAGAAUAUUAGAAGAUGACGUUUUUGGUGAUCUUCCUCAAGUGGACACACCAACAGAGGAGGUCUUUAAAGGAAUGGUCACCGAAUUUCCCUGUCUCACCAGAAACAAGAUGACCGGUCCAGAACCAGACUAUGAUAAGAUUUCCUCUGGUUACAAGACUUUUACAAGUGACUCCCCCUUCACUGUCAAAUACAACAAGGCGGUCCUACCCGAAAUCACAAUCGCCUAUGAAACAUGGGGAAAGCUGAACGAGGACCGAAGUAACGUGGUGGUCAUCAAUGCCGGACUGUCCGCUAGCUCGCACGCCAAGAGUCAUCAGGAUAACAUGUUGCCUGGUUGGUGGGAGAAAUUUGUGGGAUCUGGAUGUGCUGUAGAUACAGAUAAAUACUUUGUUAUCUGUAUGAACAAUAUAGGCAGUUGUUACGGAUCGACGGGUCCAUCUUCUGUCAACCCUCUCACUGGAAAGCAAUAUGCCACCACCUUCCCUGUGAUCAGUAUAGACGACAUGGUCAAUGCCCAGUUUUUGCUGCUUGAUCACCUUGGAAUUGAGAAGAUCUACAGCAGUGUUGGAUCUUCAUUAGGAGGCAUGUGUUCCUUAACGUCAGCAUCACUGUACCCUCAUCGAGUUGAAAGGGUGGUGUCCAUAUCCUCCUGUGCUCAGUCCCAUCCUACAUCCAUAUCCAUGCGUUACCUGCAGAGAAAGACAAUAAUGAGUGACCCGAACUGGAACAAAGGGUAUUAUUACAAUGGAACAUUCCCGAAGAUUGGCAUGAAACUAGCAAGGGAGAUUGCAACCUUGACCUACAGAAGUGGUCCGGAGUGGGAUCAGAGGUUCGGGCGGGGAAAGAUCGAUGAAAACGUCUGCCCGUCCCUGUGUCCUUCUUUUCUUAUCGAGAGUUACUUGGAACACCAAGGCGAGAGCUUCUCUACCAAGUAUGACCCAAACUCUCUUCUCUACAUUUCAAAGGCCAUGGAUCUGUUUGACAUGUCAGAGGGAUAUCCCUCCCUUCACGCUGGUCUCUCCACCGUUAAAUGCCCUACGAUGGUUCUAGGUGUUCAGACAGACAUUCUCUUUCCCAUAUGGCAACAGCGUCAACUGGCACGGAUAUUAAAAGAAUCCGGGAAUCAAGCAGUGACAUUUUAUGAGUUGGAUUCACUUUUUGGACAUGACACGUUUUUGUUGGAUCUGAAUUGUGUAGGAGCAGCAGUAAAGGGAUUCUUGGAAACUGACUUGCAUAACAAAGGUCAUGCAGGGAAAGCAAAACCAUUCACAAGAAAGGCAUGA